AUGACACCACAUAUUAUCAGCAUAAACGCAAAGGCCAGCGAAUCAAAACAGAGCAUUCAAAUGAAUAUCAGCUCACAGGAGGGCCAGCACGCUUCUUUUGUGGUUGAAUUUUACAAAGAGUCGGAAUGUGCUGAUGAGUGGAGGCGAAUUGAAUUUCUGGUCGAAUCUCGCAUGGAAUCGCUUCGUGAGCAAAGACAAGGACACGAAGCACAUGUUCUAUCUCAAGCAGUUGUCUAUAAGCUCUUCUCGGCAUUUGUGGAUUAUGAAAAGACUUUCCAAGGCAUGAAAAAGGUUUAUUUGAGCCCUUUACACUGGGAAGCGACUGCAGAUGUCGUGCUUGAGGCCCCAGGUGCCGAUCAAACCUUCACCGUUCCCCCUUACUGGAUUGACAGUAUCGGACACCUGUCGGGAUUCGUUCUGAAUGCACAUUUGACUGAUCAUAAUCCAAAAAGUGUCUACGUCUCUCAUGGCUGGGAGUCUCUCCGACUCGCCAAGACCCUUGUCCUUGGAAAAAAAAUAUCGAACCUAUGUUCGAAUGGAGGAAAGGACAGCAGGUAA